CGCUUCGUCGUUCCUCCAUCGCCACCAUCGUCAUGUGAGCGAGCAGGCUGCGGGCCCGCACUCCCCUUGCCUUGCCUUGCCUUGCCUUGCCUUGCCUUGCCUUCUCUUCUCCCUCGUCCCCGCGUAGACACCGAGGGAAAGCCCGGGCGACGCGACCGACGCGGCCCCCCCACCCCCCCGCGUCCCCCAACGCCUGUGCUGCUACUGCUGCUGCUGCUGUUGCCGCUGCUCCUGCCGCCGGCCCGCCGCAGCUCUCAACACCACGGACGACGGCCCGCUGCACCGCGCGCUGCCAUCGUCAACCGCACGCACGCACGCACGCACGCACCCGCCGCGACCGAAGCCUCGUUCUCAGCGCGCGCUGCCCGCCCGCACCAGCCACACCGGCCGUCCAGGGGUCCCUGUCGCGCGACCCAAUCCCAUCCGUCCCCACGCGGCUGGGUCAUCAAUCUCCCUCGCGCUCCCCGUCUGUGUGUGUGUGUGUGUGUGUGUGUGUGUGUGCGUGCGUGCGCGCGCGCUCUUCCUCUCUCGCCUCACCUCACCUCACACUCGCCUCACGCACACGCCUCACGCCCGUGUUGGACCGCGCGUUACACGGCGAGCUGCAGCCCUUCCCGGGGGGCAUUUCGCCUUGCAAUCAAUCUGGGACCCCCCCCGCUCCACCCCUUCAGGAGCAGCAGGCAGCGGCAGCCGUGCCGAGUCGCAGCAACGGCAGCAGGUUGAGGCAGCGACGGCAGCAUCACCACCACUACCACCACCAUCACCGACAACCAUCCUGCCCCUUCCGGCCGCAACCACCACCCAUUGCGACUCUGCGCGUUCCUCCCGUCUGCCGCGCCGCUGCCGCCCACCCCCUCGUCCGUCGUCACGCCCUCUCUCCCCUCUAGCUCGCGAAAGAAAGAGUCUGUCCGCCGCAAUCGACACCGUCCGGCCGGCGCCCGACCCGACCCGUCUGGCCAAACCCCCGGGCGUCAGUUUCCCACACCCCUUCCCUCGCUUGUCGACACGGACACACGCACGCCCAACUCGUCUCCCCAUGCUCCUCAUGCUGCCCGUCCCAUAAAAAUUUCCAAUUUAAAAAUAACGAGACGCAGACCCAGCGGCGAUGUCGCCUGCAGACGACGACCCGGCCCGGGCCUCCCACGAGGCCGCCGCCGCCGCCGCCGCCGCCGUCGCCUCUACUGCAGCUACUCCUCCUGCUUCUCCCCCUCGACGCCUCCCCUCCCCUCGCCCUGCUCCUCCUCCUCUCAUAACAACCAAUGCGUCGACAGGAGGAGCUACAGCUGUAGCUGCAGAGCCUGCAACGGCAACGCCGCGGCCUUCAAUACCUUCAGCAACAGCCCCCUCGUCGUCGUCGUCGUCGACUCCCGCCCAUCCCGAAGCUUCAGCUCCCGUUCCAGCUUCAAUCCAAGCUACCGCGUCGGCCAUUGCGCCCUCUGAAGUCCCUCCGCCUCCUUUACAUGCAUCGGACGACGCUGCCGCCUCAGCUGCUGGCUCGACUGGUGCGACUACUGCUACAGUCGACGCUGCCAAUGCGCCUCCGCGAUCGCGCGCCAGCUCCGACAACCCCAAUCCUGCCACGGCCGCCGCUGCAGCGGACAAUUUGCCCCAACAUAACGGUGACAGGCGGGCGUCCGAACCCGAGGCCAACGGCAACAUGUCGAGCCACUCGCCUGCCAUCCCGGCCUCCUACCAUAGUCCGCACUUGGGCUACCCGGCCGGCGUUACGGCGGCAUCGGCAUCGCCCCCGGGGGCUGCAUACGUGCCCAUGACCAGCUUGCCCUCGACGCCCUCUCACUACUCCUCAUACUCGCCAGCCACGCCCGCUCCCCAACAUCACGAUGCCUACAGGACUAUACCCGCUGCCACCAGCGCCCCGAUGUCGCUUCCCAGUAUGCGCACCAUCGAUGUCCUGUCGCAGCAGGCAGCGGGCCAGCCUUCCGGCCCGUCAGCUCUUCACCACGCCAUGUCCAUGGGCGUGAGCGCUUCUCUGACGUCGGCGUCGAGCCCAUCCGCCUUCUAUCCUCACCACUCCGUGCCAUUACCCUCCAAUUACGGGCUCGGCCACGACCCCAUGGUGCGCUACCCGCUCCACGACCCCCGCAUCCUGGGGAGCAGAGGGCCUAAAAAGGAGAUCAAACGGCGGACCAAAACGGGAUGUUUGACAUGUCGCAAGCGACGGAUAAAGUGCGACGAGACGCACCCGACGUGCAACAACUGCAAAAAGUCCAAGCGCGAGUGCUUGGGCUACGACCCCAUUUUCAGACAGCAAGCUGGCGGUGCGCCUACCAAUUCUCACAUUCAACCGGCUCCCGUGAGCCAGCCCCCAGUCGCGUCUCCCACCCCCCCGGCGCCCGCCUCGCACUCGACGGCGGUGCCUGGCCCGCGCCUGGGCAACUCCUACGGCUCCCAGCCGUCCAUGCUGCCCAGCUCGUACUCUUCCAGCCCAUCCACGACCCUGAGCACAGGCCCUGCCUGUCAAACAUCGGCCGCGACCAUUGGCUACAGCCAGCCCGUCACGGUUGCUCCGCCAGUCUCUGCCCGACCCGAUCCAAGCUACGACUACCCUCCCUCUAUCAAGCAGGAACCCAACUUCGACCACACGCCCCCGAUCAAGCAGGAGCCAAGCUACAACCAUCCGUCUGGCAUUGACCUCGACCGCCAUCCACCGUCGACUUCACUGCCCGAAAGCUCCAGGGUACGCGAUCAAAAGCCUCCGUCGCAAUUGGCUGCCGGUAAUCACUCGCGAGCUAGAAGCAUGAAGAUCCACGAGAUAAUUGACCUGCUCGGCCCGCCGCCCCCGCCGCAGCAAGUCAGUCACACCGAAGAGACGUUCAACGAGAUUACAAAGGUGUAUCAUGAGAUGUACGCGGCGGCGCUCGGCGCCUUCUUUGAGACGACGUGGUAUUACUUCGCGGAGAACGGCAAGAUGAGCUUUCCCAAAGAUGCCAACCUGAUUGAGCAUAUGGCAUCCUUCCUCAAGAUUCUGGAGGCGGUCAAGGCGAACGACCACGCCCAGAUGGCUUACUCGGGCGUGCUGGAGACGAGGAUUGUUUGGGAGCUGGCAUGUACCGCAUAUGCGACUCCGGAUCGAACCAAUGGCGCUUCCCGCAUGAACCUACCACCGGAGGGCGAUGCAGCCGAGGCCCGCAACCGGCUCCACGUUGUCGAGACCCUGCUUUGUGGAGAGUAUCUGAUGACCAACCCGCUCGCACCACCCGUUGCCGACCAAGACCCGCACCGAUCCCGACAGUUCGAGUUCUGGUACUGCUUGGCUGAGUUCGUGCGCAAGCGCGACAGCCCGAAUUCUCCGCAGGCCGUCAAGGCCAGGGAGGACAUGCUGAGCAGGAUGCGCCGACUGCUGGAUGGAAGGGAGAAUCGCGAUGUCCUCUACUCCAUCGCUGUGGUCCGGGAGCUUGCGCCCAACUUCGGGCCCGGCUUGGGGAGUACUCUCCCGCAGCACCUGGACGAAACGGACCCGAAGAACAGACUGGCCGUGGCCUCCAAGUUCAUUCUCGACGAGGCGCAGGUCACAGGUGGCACGACGAAUGUCGUACGCCGAUUUAGCGACAUCGCCUCUCGAGCGUUUGUCAACCCCGGCGUUAACGUAGCCGGCCGCUGACCUUUUCUACGUGCGGCCCGAGGCAUGACAUUCCCUCCCUCCAUUUCUUUGUCAGCGGACGACACGGUUUGCAAUGCGGACAAGCGGAGCAUACCGUACCGUCGUCACUUCCAAAUACAUGCAUAGCGAGGCCUGGGAAAACAAGCAUUCUGCAAUUUCUUUUGUUGGCGUUGGCCCUUUGAGAGACCGGGAAGAAGACUGUGCAGCCGACAGCCGCGCCCUGUGUGGCUUUCGUUUUUCACCACCAAAGAUGCAUUGCACGGCCGUUGGCGUUUGCAAUCCCUUUCCCCUCAGUCGGGGGAAGCGGCUGCUGUGUGUUCCUAAUCACCAAUUUCAACUCUUUUUUUGCACCUUUUCUUUUGCUAUCUGUCUGCUGCUGAGAGCAGCCAUGUAAUCUGCGCGUUUUGGGGGUUUGGGAGGCCGAGAGCGCGGGCCGAGGCAAAUACAGGAUCUAUUAGAAGGCGGGGAGGCAACGCCGGCCAGACUGGGCUUGUUUCAUGUACAGGGCGGCCGGCGACGCGGCAUCGUUGCUCCUCGCUGCUGCCCCUACGGGAGAACAUCUAGAGGUAGAAAGAGGGGGUGUGUGACCGCGGGUUGGGUAUGCAAACGGCACACAUGGCAGGGCCGGCAUGGUGCCGCGUGGCCUGGCCUGGCCUGGUCAUGGAAAUGGGAAACAAGACGUGAGAUGCGGCUCCCUUGCUGUAGUGGCAUCGGUGUCCGGUAUCCAAUAUAAUUCGUG